GAGGCGGGCUCGGGCGGGGCGCGCAGUCCGCGGACGCGGGAUGCUGGGCGCGCAGCCUCGCCGGUCCUGAGGCCUCUGCUGCGCCUGGCACUGGGCGUUGGGUCCCGUCACCCGGCCCGUUCUACUUUCAGGUGUUUUGGAGAUCAAAAAGAAAAUCACAAUUUGGAUGUGAGAAAAAGGACAUGAGGAGACUAAAGACUUGGGAUUUUGCUGAUCAGAAUGAAACCAAUGUUGCAAGAUUUUUCCAAUCUGCUGUUGGUGGUGCUCUGUGACUAUGUUCUUGGUGAAGCUGAAUAUCUCUUCUUGAGAGAACCAGGCCAUGUAGCCCUGAGCAACAGCACGGUGUCUGUGGAUUUCCAGUACUUUGAUGAGGGUAAUGGGACGCUAAGGAAUGUGUCUGUCCUGCUUUGGGAAGCCAGCACCAAUCAGACUGUUACUACCAAGUCCCUCCUGACCAACCAGUCCCAGGGGACGCUGGAGUUUGAAUGCUUCUGCUUCAAGGAAGCUGGUGACUACUGGUUCCUGACAAUGGCUCCAGAAGUGACAGACAACAGCACUCCCUUCCUGUGGUGGGAGAGAGGUGCCUUGCUGAAGGUGGAGUGGCCCGUCUUUCACAUUGACUUAAACAGGACAUCCUGGGCAGCAGAAGGUACCUUCCAGGUGGGCUUCUCCACCAGUCAGCCCCUGUGCCCCUUUCCUGUGGACCAGCCCAGUGUCUUGGUGGACGUAACUUUCGCCAAUAGCCUUCCUGAGACAAGAACGGGUCCCGGACAGCCACUGGAGAUAAGAACCAGCAAAAGGACGGGGCUCGCACAGGGCCAGUGGGUUGAGUUUGGCUGUGCACCAGUGGGGCCAGAAGCAUAUGUCACUGUGGUGCUCAAACUGCUUGGCAGGGACUCGGUCAUGGCCACCACAGGGCCCAUUGACCUGGCCCGGAAGUUUGGAUACAACCUAGUCAUGGCGCCAGAACUCACGUGUGAGUCUGCGGUGGAGGUCAUGGUGCUGCCGCCGCCAUGCAUCUUUGUCCAAGGAGUGAUGGCUGUGUUCAAGGAGGCCCCCAGGCGCCCAGGGGAGGGGACUGUCCAGCUGGCCCAGAACAGCCUGCCACUGGGAGAGAGGAGAACCGCAUUCAACUGCACGUUGUUUGAUGUGGGGAAAAACAAAUACUGCUUUGAGUUUGGUGCAUCAAGAAAAAGCCAGCUUUCUACAAAGGAAAAGGAGUGCAUGCUCAUUCAGAGAAAUAUAGAGACUUGGGGACUGUGGCAGCCAUGGAGCCAGUGUAGCACCACAUGUGGGGAUGGUGUCAGAGAGCGUCGCCGGGUGUGUCUCACCUCCUUCCCCUCCAGACCCGGCUGUCCUGGACCGUCCUUGGAGACCUCUCUGUGCUCCCUGGAGGAGUGUGCUGCGCUCCGGCCUUCUAGCUCAUCUCCUCUUCAGCCCCAGGGUCCAGUGAAGUCUAACAACGUGGUGACCGUCACGGGCAUCUCCCUAUGCAUGUUCAUCAUUGUGGCCACCGUACUCAUCACGCUGUGGAGGAGAUUUGGCCGCCCGCCCAAGUGCAGCACCCCUGCCCGACACAACUCCCUCCACUCUGCUGGCUUCCGGAAGAAUUCGGACGAGGAGAACAUCUGCGAGUUAAGCGAGCCACGGGGCAGCUUCUCGGAUGGGGGUGAUGGGCCCGCGGGGAGCCCUGGUGACAUGGGUAUCCCCCUGACCUAUCGGCGCAGCGUGCCCGCGGCUCCCGAGGAUGACGCCUCUGGCAGCGAGAGCUUCCAGUCCAACGCCCAGAAGAUCAUCCCGCCUCUGUUUAGUUACCGUCUGGCCCAGCAGCAGUUGAAGGAGAUGAAGAAGAAAGGGCUGACGGAGACCACCAAAGUGUACCACGUAUCUCAGAGUCCCUUGACGGACACAGCUGUUGAGGCUGCUGCUGGCGCCCCCUUAGACUUGGAAAGCCCGGAAGAAGCAGCUGCCAACAAGUUCCGCAUCAAAUCCCCCUUCGCUGAGCAACCUGCAGUCAGUGCUGGGGACAGACCUCCCUCCAGGCUGGAUCGAGGCACGUCCCAGACCGCUUGUGCCAUAAGCCCCAGCCAGACCCUGAUCCGCAAGUCCCAGAUCAGGCAUGUGGGUGUCAGAGGGCUACCCGCAGACAGGAGCCAUCCCAGGAAUUCCCACUUCCGGAGGACAGCUAGUUUUCACGAAGCCAAGCAGGCCCGGCCGUUCAGGGAGAGGAGCAUGUCCACGCUCACCCCACGUCAGGUCCCCAGUGCCUACGGUUCUAGGAUGCGGCCCUGGGACCAGGCAGAGGACAAAUCCCGGCCUCAGAGUCGAGGGCCCCACCCACUUCCUGAGAAACAGGAGCCUGUGCAAGGCAGCAGCGGCCCCUUAAGUCCACUCCCUAAAUGCUAUGCCUUGGGGCAGCCUUCAAGGAAACCGGAGCUGGGUGACCACCGCCACACAGGGGUUGAGAGAACAGAGCCACAUAGGGCCCGGAGGGGACCAUCCCCCAGUCACAGGAGUCUCUCAAGGAAGCAGUCCUCCCCCACCCGCCCCAGAGACGGCUACCAGAGGGUCAGCCCACUGAGCCCUUCACAGUGCAGGAAGGACAAGUGUCAGAGCUUCCCAACCCAGCCCGAGUUCGCCUUCUACGACAACACAUCCUUCGGCCUCACCGAGGCUGAGCAGAGGAUGCUGGACCUCCCAGGUUACUUUGGAUCCAACGAAGAGGAUGAAACCACCAGCACGCUGAGUGUGGAGAAGCUGGUGAUCUAAAGUAAGAAAAAACCCAGGACCCUGCAUAGCUGCAGGCCCACGGCUCAGUGUUCACCACAAACACACACUGUCCUGCGGACAGCUUUGUGUGCCUGUUGGGACAAUCAGACAGAAGUUGGGGAGGAAGUAGCCUACAUGCAGUAGGGUGUGUGUGUGUGUGUGUGUGUGUGUGUGUGUGUACAUGCCCAUGUGUUUUAAUUUGUGAGGAAGUGGUUAUUUAUCCUGAACUUUUCGCUUUGUUAUCCUGUUUCUAUUGGCUUACUACUAAUAACAAUGAUAAUAAAAGUUAAACAAAACAAAUGGAGGGUGUGGUAUGCAAGGUGGUUAUGAGAGAUGACCAAGAUAGGACCUGGUGAGUGGGAUAUGCUUUGAGGAUUGCAUGAGGUUUCCAAUUUGAAGCAGAAAUCUGGGAGCAUCAGCUAGUGUUAACUUGGUGUCACAAUUAUGAAUUAUAAUUUAUCAAGUUAUACAUAUUUAGGAUCUGACACUUGUGGUUGCAGUA